AUGGGGAGUUUGCUGGUUUUCACCGUGUGCCUGUGGACGUGUCCGCUGCUGAUGAAGAUAAGAUUAGAGGGGACGCUCUGCUCCGACGAUGACGUUACGCUGAACUCGCUGAGCGACCGAGAAACCCUGGAGCAGAUGGCAAAGCCGAAUCGGAGGUCAGCAGAUCUGAAUGUGGAGAAGCUGAGGCCUGAAGAACCUGAGGAGCCUGAACAGCUCGGACAGGUGUGGCAACGAGGACCUGAAGGUACUCCUGACUUCAAACAGCAGAAGGAGAUGAAAUGCAGGCGGACGAUGGAAGAGAGGGUGAAGCCACUAAAAGCAGCCUCUGACAGAACAAAACACACGAGGUCCACGCUGCGACUGCUCGGCAGUAAAACAACGCCUCCUCCUGGUUUCCAUGCUGUGAUGCUGUGGUUCGGCCUCGAGGGUCCAAAUUGUUCGAGGUCUUCCAUCAAACUGUCGCUGGUUGUGGUUUCAUGUCGACAUCCGAGCUGUAACUUCCUGCUGGAGGUGGAGCGAGACCAGGCCGAGUGUGUGGCGAGGCUGACGGAGGAGGAGGCCGCCGGCAGCCGUAAAGAACCCGGAUGCAGAGGAAUGUGGGACAACAUUGCGUGCUGGGAGCCGUCUGCAUUUGGAGAAACCGCCACCAUCGCGUGUCCUCGAGUCCUCAGGACCGUGUUCGGAAGAAAUGGCAACAUCAGCAGGAACUGCACCGCCGCCGGAUGGUCGGAGGUCUUCCCUAACAUCAGCAGCGUCUGUGGGUCGGACACGAGCCAGGACAAGCUGGUCUUCUACCUGGUGGUCCAGACGUUGUACACUCUGGGCCACAGCCUGUCCCUCAUCGCCCUCACCACCGGGAGCGCCAUCCUCUGUCUGUUCCGGAAGCUCCACUGCACCAGGAACUACAUCCACCUCAACCUGUUCGUCUCCUUCAUCCUGAGAGCUGUGGCCGUGCUGGUGAAGGACGACAUCGUCUUCAGCCGGACCUCGCAGUGCUCCAACCAGCCGUCACUGGUGGGGUGUAAAGCCAGCCUGGUGUUCUUCCAGUAUUUCAUCAUGGCCAACUUCUUCUGGCUGCUGGUGGAGGGUCUGUACCUCCACACUCUGCUGGUCGUCAUCUUCUCUGAGAACCGACACUUCAUCGUCUACAUGUUCAUCGGCUGGGGAAUCCCCACCGUGUUCGUCUCUGCGUGGGUGGUGACCAGGAUUUACCUGGAGGACACGGGGUGCUGGGAGAGGAACGACAACCCCAUACCCAACUGGGUGAUCAACGGCCCCAUCGGGUUCUCCAUCAUGGUGAACUUCAUCCAGUUCAUCAGCAUCAUUCGGAUCCUGGUUCAGAAGCUCCGGUGUCCUGACGUGGGCGGCAACGACCAGUCGCAGUACAGGAGGCUGGCCAAAUCCACGCUGCUGCUCAUCCCUCUGUUCGGGAUCCACUACGUCGUCUUCGUGUCUCUCAGCGAAUCCAUCGCAGAAGAUUAUCGGAUCUUCUUCGACCUGGCCCUCGGAUCCUUUCAGGGUCUGGUGGUGGCCAUUCUGUACUGCUUCCUGAACAGCGAGGUUCAGGGUGAGCUGAAGAGGAAGUGGCGCAGCAUGUGUCUGAACUGCCGCCUGAGCAGAAACCACCACUUCGGCAGCACCUUCACCUCCAGGAACGGUUCGGACCACAUGGUCCAGUUUCAUCGCAACUCCAGAACCCAGUCCAUCAUGCAGUCCGAGACCACGGUGCUGUGAGGACACUCGGACGGAACCACUGAAACCAGCACAGUCUCCAGCUGACCAGUGCUGUCACUGAACUACCACGUUCAAAGAAAACAAUGUAACCUGAGGCGAAGUAGCACAUGGGUGGGAGCUGCUCUACAGCGUUUAGGGUUCUGGUUUUAGCUUUACCACAUCUCUGCCAGUCUUCAGGUGUCCCCCAAGUGGACCAACACUGGUUCGCAUCCAGAGGUCUACUUCAGGUUUCUGACGCCAACUUAGCAACAUUUUUCUUCUGCUUUUCGGUUUGGUUCGCUGCAUGGACCAAGAAAGACUUCCCAUAAACUUCAUGUAUAUUCUGUGUUCCAGG